AUGUUUCAUUUCAUCAAGAAGCUCUUCAAACGACAGAAUGUCAAACAAGGCAAAUUUCACAAAUUCGGCCAAUUACCACAAGAAAUACAGAACAUGAUCUGGGCCUAUGCUCUCUGUGUGGACGCGCCGCGGGCCUACUUCGUGGAUGUCAAGAAGUGGUUUUUCCAGCCAUGGCAAGUGAGAGCAGUACACACUCUCCCCACAAGCCUUGGCAAUUUCCCUCUCCCACCUGCAUCGAACCCCAAUAGUGAUUACGGCCUGAUGCGAGUUUGCCGUGCGUCUUAUCAAGAGGUCACUCGCUGCUGGAGCCGUUACCAACCACGGGUCCCUGCGCUCAUAGUCCUUGACAACUCACAUGACAGUGGCAGGAGGGCAAAGGCACUUAGCAGCCUUUACAUUGAUGCAGCCAGUGACUUGGUCGUUAUAGAUAGAUGGUGGGACGCUGGCCGCCCUAUAAAUGCAUUCCAAGGCGUUGCCGAAUUCAGGCUGCCACGGAACAACCGAUACGAAGGUCUAGAAGCUAUCAGAACGGUGGCCAUACCGGUCCACUCCAACCUCGAUAAAAGCUAUAAGCCCCAGUAUCUGGUUCAUCUGAAGGCGUUGUUCCCUGCAGUACGAACACUGUAUCUAUACAUGCAGCCAAGGCUCUUGGUUCCACUCGACUCACGCCAACAAACGAUGCCCAUAGACUUCCUCGCCUUUGAGCCACGGGAAGGCGGGGAUCCGCCGGCAAGAUUCAGGGCUCGCGGUCGCAUUUUCUACGAGAUCUGUCCCGUGAAGAUGAGAUCAGCUGGACUGCUUGUGCCUAGCUUUGAGAACGAUGUUGUUAGCAUCAAGUUCAUGACUUGGCAGUGGAUCCAAUGA